CCAGCAGCCUCUCAACGCGCACAGGGAAAGCUUUUCUUCUCCCAGUGAGCAGACUCCCACUCCGCCCGCCUGUCUGCGAACACCGGAUACUCCAGCCUGGAAAAAAAAGAGACCCUUGCACCGUGACGGCCGAUAGCGGCGAGAGAAGGACUCCUUCCAGCGUCGUGUUUCCGUCCCUAACCCGGCCACUGGUUCGCGUUCGGUUCGUUUGGACAUUUUUUUCCCCCUGGUCGCUUGACAGUUUUUGUCGCCGAUAUGGUCGACUAUCACGCCGCCAACAACCAAUACUCGUCCGGCGGGCAACAGACCUACAUGGAACAGGAGAACGAUUGGGACCGGGACUUACUGCUGGACCCAGCAUGGGAGAAACAGCAAAGGAAGACGUUCACGGCGUGGUGCAAUUCCCACUUGCGCAAGGCUGGCACACAGAUCGAAAACAUCGAGGAGGACUUCAGGGACGGACUCAAACUCAUGCUGCUUCUAGAGGUCAUCUCAGGUGAGAGGUUACCCAAACCCGAGCGUGGCAAGAUGAGGGUGCACAAGAUAAACAACGUCAACAAAGCUCUGGACUUCAUUGCCAGCAAGGGAGUCAAACUGGUCUCCAUUGGCGCAGAAGAAAUCGUGGACGGAAAUGCCAAGAUGACCCUGGGAAUGAUCUGGACCAUUAUCCUCCGCUUUGCAAUCCAGGACAUUUCUGUUGAAGAGACGUCGGCUAAGGAAGGUCUACUGUUGUGGUGCCAGAGGAAGACCGCUCCUUACAAGAAUGUCAACGUGCAGAACUUCCACAUUAGCUGGAAGGACGGCCUCGCCUUCAACGCUUUGAUCCACAGACACAGACCAGAACUUAUUGACUACGACAAGCUCAGAAAGGAUGACCCGGUGACCAAUCUGAAUAAUGCCUUUGAGGUGGCUGAGAAGUACCUGGACAUCCCCAAAAUGUUGGAUGCAGAAGACAUCGUGGGCACGCUGAGGCCUGACGAGAAGGCCAUUAUGACAUAUGUGUCCUGCUUCUAUCACGCCUUCUCUGGCGCACAGAAGGCUGAGACUGCUGCCAAUCGAAUCUGCAAGGUACUGGCUGUCAACCAGGAAAAUGAGCACCUGAUGCAGGAAUAUGAGAAACUGGCCAGUGAUCUCCUGGAGUGGAUCCGCCGAACCAUUCCUUGGCUGGAGAACAGAAAUCCGGAGAGAACCAUGUCCGAGAUGCAGCAGAAGCUUGAGGACUUCCGGGACUACCGUCGUGUCCACAAACCACCAAAGGUCCAGGAGAAAUGUCAGCUGGAGAUCAAUUUCAAUACACUUCAGACCAAACUGAGACUGGGUGGCAGACCUGCCUUCAUGCCAUCAGAGGGCCACAUGGUGGCGGAUAUCAACAGAGCGUGGCACACCCUGGAGGGAGCGGAGAAAGGCUACGAGGAGUGGCUCCUCAAUGAGAUUAGACGUCUUGAGAGAUUGGACCACUUGGCUGAGAAGUUCCGCCAGAAGGCCUCAAUCCAUGAAUCCUGGACCGAUGGCAAGGAAGCCAUGCUUACCCAGAGAGACUACGAGACCGCCUCACUGUCGGAGGUGAAGGCACUGCUCCGGAAGCACGAAGCUUUCGACAGUGACCUGGCCGCCCAUCAGGACCGAGUGGAGCAGAUUGCUGCCAUCGCGCAGGAGCUGAAUGAGCUAGACUACUACGAUGCGCCCAGCGUCAACGCUCGCUGCCAAAAGAUCUGCGAGCAGUGGGACAACCUUGGACAACUUACACAGAGGCGCAGGGACUCGCUUCAGAAAACUGAGAAACUGCUAGAGUCUAUUGAUGAGCUUUACCUGGAGUAUGCCAAGCGGGCAGCACCCUUCAACAACUGGAUGGAGGGUGCCAUGGAGGACCUGCAGGACAUGUUCAUCGUCCACAAUAUCGAGGAGAUCGAGAGUCUGAUCCGUGCUCAUGAGCAGUUUAAGGCCACCUUGCCUGAGGCCAACAAGGAGCGUGAGGCCAUCCUGGCCAUCCACAACGAGGUGCAGAAGAUUGCGCAACACAACGGCAUUAAGCUGAGCGGAACCAACCAGUACACAGCCAUCACUCCACAGAGCAUCGACAGCAAGUGGGAUCAGGCAGAGAAGCUGGUGCCUCAGCGUGACCGAGCCCUCCAGGAGGAGCUUCGCAAGCAGCAGUCCCACGACAACCUGAGACGCAACUUUGCUGAGCAAGCCAACGUGGUCGGUCCCUGGAUACAAAAUAAGAUGGAGGAAAUUGGCACGAUAUCCAUUGAGAUGAUUGGCACUCUGGAGGACCAGCUGACCAACCUGAAGGAGUACGAGCGGAGCAUUGUAGACUACAAGCCUAACAUCGACCAGCUUGAGGGCGUUCACAAGCUCAUCCAGGAGGCUCUUAUCUUUGACAAUACGUACACGCCCUACUCCAUGGAGCACAUCCGCGUGGGCUGGGAGCAGUUGCUCACCACCAUUGCCAGGACCAUCAACGAGAUCGAGAACCAGAUCCUGACACGUGACGCCAAGGGCAUCAGCCAGGAGGAGCUGUACGAGUAUCGGGCCUCUUUCAACCACUUUGACAAGGAUCACAGCGGGGCCCUCAUGGCUGAGGAAUUCAAAGCCUGUUUGAUCAGUCUGGGCUACGACGUGGAGAACGACAAGCAGAAGCGAUCGGGACAGAUGGUGGCAGAGGAUUACCGAGCUCUGCUCAUUUCUACAGGAAACAGCCUGGGCGACGCCGAGUUCGCCCGCAUCAUGGGCAUCGUGGACCCCAACAACACAGGCACAGUCACCUUCCAGGCCUUCAUCGACUUCAUGUCCAGGGAGACCACAGACACCGACACCGCGGACCAGGUCAUCGCCUCUUUCAAGAUCCUGGCUGCAGAUAAGAACUUCAUCACUGCCGACGAACUGCGACGGGAGCUCCCGCCCGACCAGGCCGAGUACUGCAUCGCUAGGAUGGCGCCCUACUCUGGGCCCGAUGCCGUCCCCGGCGCUCUCGACUACAUGUCCUUCUCCACUGCUUUGUACGGCGAGAGCGACCUGUAAAGGCUCGCGUCGGGGAGCGAGUCGACGGCGAGGUGCCGCUUUGAAAGUGUUUAAGCGUGUCGAGUGAAGUGUAGUUUACGGAAAGCCGGCUAUUCCAGCUUCAAGUAUAUGUACUAGCACACUUUUUGUCCUCUCUGGUAAGUAGCCCGCAUGGAGGAAAAUUAAAGAGGUUUAUAUCAUUAGUAAGACAAUUUAAAAAUUGCUAUGAACACUAGUCGUAGAAUUGCGUCUUACUAGUGUUAGUAAACUAAUGCCCAAUACAUUUGAUGUGGGAGGGCUGACUGCUUCAGUCCAUUGACGGUGAUAGACGUCUCACUCAGUUUUACCUCAACAUGGAUGAGACGUUUAUUGACAUCAAUUGCAGGAAAUGAGUUCAAUUGUGCUCUAAUACAGACAAAAUUCUAGUUUUUCUUAUUUGUAGGAAAACAUUGCUUCUACUAAUGUGCCGAAUUGUCAUUUUAGUCCCGACAAAGAGCUUACUAGUGCACGUACAUGAAGCUGGUAAUGAAAGAAAUGUUCCAACGGCUUUUCGUAGUAGUUUGACUUCCUAGAAUGGGCGACAAGGGUGCGCUUGUUAACUUCACCCUCUCUGCCUUUUUUUGGGGAGGCAGGGCUAAUCUUGAUACUCUUGCGGAAUUUAUUUUAUUAUCAUUUGGGGAGGGGGUCCAAGGGUUUUCGACAUGAGGGGAGGGGUUCGCACACGAUAGCCCUUGUUUGUGUAUUAGAAUUAUAUGAUGAGGCGUUCUGAGAGGGUGGGAGGUCGGGGCGGGUGUCGAUCAAGCAGAAACGAAACCACGUAUUUACACAUAAUUCCCUUUGUUGCUGGAUAAGGUGACCAAUUUUUUUUUUUUAAA